UUGCUGCAGGGAGGAGCGACCGGAGUGCAGCUGAGCUGAGCAUCACAGCCCGCAUUCAAGGAAACGGGCAAACACAGCACUUUUAUGACUUUCCCUAAUGUUCUAGUCUUCGUACUAAACCUGUCCAAAAAAAUGAUAUUCGAUGUGGACUUCCUGAAAGCCGUCUGCCUUUGAAGAGCUGGGGAUCUCUGCCUUGCCAAAGGAGACCCCCUCAAUUAUUUCCUGCGCCAAGAAUUGUAAAGACAUGGUCAUUACACCGCAUCUGUGAUGAGCAGCAACUGAGCAUCAGGAAGUGUGCUGCUGAGCUGCCUUAGAGGAUGCUCCAAACCUGCGGCGCCCAGUGCUGCUGAGGGAGGACCACGGAGCCAUCGGGAGCCCCAGGGAUCUGCCAUGUCUCACCACCAACACUACCAACGAGGCCCCCACGGCCGCACCAUGAGCUCUGAGGAGAGAAGCUCCACGCCUGUCAACAAGACCUCCACUCCAACUCACAAGAGCGCCUCCUCCUCUUCCUCAUCCCAGCGCGACAGCCGGCAGGAGGCAGACAGCUGGGAAAUCAUUGAGGGGCUGAAAAUCGGUCAGAGCAACGUCCAGCGGCCAGAUAAACAUGAGGGCUUCAUGCUGAAGAAGCGGAAAUGGCCCCUGAAAGGCUGGCAUAAGCGUUUUUUUGUUCUGGACAAUGGUAUCCUGAAGUACUCCAAGUCCCCCAUUGAUAUCCAGAAAGGCAAACUGCAUGGCAGCAUCGAUGUUGGCCUCUCAGUGAUGUCCAUCAAGAAGAAGGCUCGUCGCAUUGACCUGGACACUGAGGAGCAUAUCUACCACCUAAAGGUCAAGUCCCAAGACAUCUUUGAUGCCUGGGUGUCCAAGUUGCGCCAUCACCGGCUUUACCGGCAGAAUGAGAUUGUUCGAUCUCCGCGGGAGGCCACCAUGAGAACGUUUCCUCCCCCAGCUGCUAUGGAGUCCCCACAGCCAGCACCCACCGUGGGACAUGAGGCCAAGUCCAAGCCCUGCAGCUUGCCAUGGCAGGCGGUGGCCCCCAGCAGCAGCAGCAGCAGCAGCCUGCCUGCCUCCUACAGUAAUGGCCAGAGCAAAGUCGCUGCUUGGCUCCAGGAGUCAGAGGAGAUGGACAAGUGUGCAGAGGAGCUUGCACGCUGUCAGUCUAAUCUGAUUGAGCUGAGCAGGCUUCUGCAGAGUCUGGAGAUUCUACAAAGGACACAGUCAGCACCCAACUUCACUGACAUGCAGACCAAUUGUGUAGAAUUGUCAAAGAAAGAAAAGCGCUUGAACAGAAGAUGGAGAACAAAAAGUGUCGGCAAAGAUGCAAAAUUCCAACUUCAGGUCUCUAUGUCCUCCAGUAUGUCCCCUGUCCGCCUACACGCCUCCAACCCUAACCUCUGUGCCGAGCUAGUGGACUAUCAGACCCCCGUCUCACGGCUGGCAGACAGCAUAGAGUGUGCUAGCGACUACAUUAAACUGCAGGAGGACUUCUGCACCAUUGCCCAGAAAGUGCACUCUCUGCUGAAGUCAGCCUUCAACACAGUGGCCAUAGAGAAAGAAAAGAUCAAACAGAUUCUGUCUGACCAGGAGCAGUCAGGCCAAUCAGCCCAGAUCAACACCCUCAGGAAGUCUCUGUCACAGGCCCUGUCCCAAAACGCAGAACUUCGAACCCGACUCAACCGCAUCCACUCUGAGUCCGUCCUGUCUGAACAGGUGGUCAGUGUGAACAUCAUAUCCAUGCCUGAUGAGGCUGGGGAACAGAUGGGGAUACCUCUUACCCAACAGGCCUCUAAUGAGAGCCGACUCUCCAUGUCGGAGUCCGUCUCUGAGUUCUUUGAUGCCCAGGAAGUGCUUCUGUCUGCCAGCUCGUCCGAGAAUGAGGCCUCAGACGAUGAGUCAUAUGUCAGUGAUGUGAGUGAUAACAUUUCAGAGGACAACGCCAGUGUGACCGAUAACGUCUCCAGACAAAUGGCCAACGGAGACUUUGCCGGCUGUUCCUUCCGUAACGGGCGGCGCACCUGCCUGGCGGCGCCCUCUCCUGACACCAGCAACAUCAACCUGUGGAACAUCCUGAGGAACAACAUCGGCAAGGACCUGUCCAAGGUGUCCAUGCCUGUGGAGCUCAACGAGCCCCUGAACACCCUGCAGCACAUGUGUGAAGAGCUGGAGUACAGUGAGCUGCUGGACAAGGCUGCGGAGACUGAGGAUCCCUUUGAACGCAUGGUCAUCGUUGCUGCUUUUGCAGUCUCAGGCUAUUCAUCUACUUACUACAGAGCAGGAAGCAAGCCAUUCAACCCAUUACUUGGAGAGACUUAUGAAUGUAUCCGGGAAGACAAGGGCUUUUGCUUUUUCUCGGAACAGGUGAGCCAUCACCCUCCCAUCUCAGCUUGCCACUGUGAGUCGAAGAACUUCACCUUCUGGCAAGAUGUGAGAUGGAAAAACAAAUUCUGGGGAAAAUCAAUGGAAAUCCUACCGGUUGGAACAGUCAAUGUUAUGCUUCCCAGGUUUGGCGAUCAUUAUGAAUGGAACAAAGUCACCACCUGCGUACACAACAUCCUCAGUGGUAGACGGUGGAUCGAACACUACGGGGAGAUCACCAUCAGAAACACCAAGAGCAGCGCUUGCCUUUGCAAACUCACUUUCAUCAAGGGAAACUACUGGAGUUCUAAUGUGAAUGAGGUUCAAGGAUUUGUGAUGGAUCAAGAGGGGAAAGUAAUCCACAGGCUCUUUGGCAAGUGGCAUGAGGGUCUUUACUGUGGUGUCCCACCUUCUGCCAAAUGUAUCUGGAGGCCAGGCUCCAUGCCCACAGACUAUGAGCUGUACUAUGGCUUCACCAGGUUCGCUAUUGAACUCAAUGAGCUUUGCCCUGAGCUCAAAGAUGCGCUGCCGCCCACAGAUGCCCGGUUCCGACCUGAUCAAAGAUACCUGGAGGAGGGGAAUCUGGAGAUGGCAUCCUCUGAGAAGCAGCGCAUUGAAGACCUGCAGAGGACCAGGAGGAAGUGGAACGAGGACAACAACGUCAAACACCAGCCCCGCUUCUUCAAGAAAGUGGUUGAUGCCAAUCAGAGGGAGAGGUGGGUCUCCAACAACACUUACUGGGAGCUUCGCAAAAACCCUGGCUUCAUCAAUAUGGAAUCUACAUUAACCCUGUGGUAGCACAUGGAUUGCUAUGUACAUCAUAUUGUCAUCGCAGACAAGAAGGCUGUUACCUAUGCACAAUAAGGUGUUAAGAUAAAUGUGUUCAUGACAAAACUUCAGUGUGCAUGGAUAUAAGUGACUGCAGAACUGAGAGACGACCUGAUGCUCAGCGACCCGCUGCGGUUCUGUGGUCAUCCACCCAUUGAAGCGUCCUCUAGGAUCACCUUCAUUGUGCUUGCAGAAGCUGGGCUGUCAGGGCAACCAUCGUACCAAUCUUACGUAGACUUAUCCUAAGCCGUUUUGACUUCUGAGUAUGUCCUUGCCUUAAAAAGUCACCCAUCCACUUCACAUAUUUUAAUGCUUUUUAGUAAAAGCCAUUUGAUUUCUGAAAGCUGUUUGGUUCAGAUUAGUCUAUGAAUUAGACCUUUUGAUUACCUACUGUAUGUACCGUGCAUGUUUAGAGAGCAGCUUUCACUGGCAUAAGACGUAUUUACAAUAUCAUCAUUUGUUGUAGAAACAAAAAAAGAGGUAUUUUUGUAAAAUAUCUUGGACUAGAAUUCACUGUCAAGGGUUAUUGUGUGAAUUGGCAGAUUUUAUUUAUUUUUGCCUUUUAAUAUUGUUGAUUCUGUAUCAUAGCGGUAUUCUCUCUUGGGAAACAGUUUAUUUAAAAAAAAAAAAAAACAUUUUAACUGCAUCAGAUGAACUGUGGUUUCCACCGAUGGGAAUCUUUUAUUAGUAGCUCUCAUAGCUUAACAUAAAGUCAUCGCUGUAAGUAGGAUACAAUAAGAGCAAGGCUUGGUGAGGUGCGAAUAUUUCGCUAUUUUUGAUCCCUGAUGCAGGAGACAGUCAUAACUACCCUUUACAGAAAUUCCAGUUUCAAUAUCUCUCAAAGACUCCUCAUGGAAUCCAAUUUCUCCUCAUGGCGGAAUUGUUUUCCACAGUGUAAAUAUGUUCACACAGCAUCUGCUCCAUGAUACAGAUCCAUACCGUCCAGACCGUCUCUACGGUCAGGCCCUGCGCCCCAGGGUCUAAUUUUGAACAAUCACACAAAACCUAUCUGAAAGCAUGCACAGAUCAAUGCCUCUGCAUCACUCUACUGCAGCGCUGUAAUUCACACCUUGUACAGUGAGCACACCGUCAGUCUAUUCUUAUGUGAACCGUAAACUGUCUUGGUCUCAAUGUGUAACAGUGUGCUCUGUCUCUCUUAACAUGUGACACUCUGAACCAGCUGUAUGUUUCCAGUAUACUUAAAGGCCAAAAAGUCGUCUACACCUACCUACAUGACUCUGUACAGCCAACUAACACUCUUAUACAAUAACUAGCCAAUUAUGAAACACUAGAGCCACCUACAGCUGCUUCCAAGGAAAUACAGCAUCCUGCCUUUGGGAAGGGGUACAGUGUUAGCAAAGAUCAAGAAAGUUAUUCCAUCAGCAACUUCUGAUGAGCUACAUAAGAAUGUGCUCUCUCUCCUUUUUUCCCUAAAUGUUUUAGAUGUUAAAGCCAAAGACAUUUUGGAUAGAUAAGAUUUUUACAAACUGAUACAGUGAACAUGUCCAAUUUCCCAGAGAAUUUACUGCUAUGAUGUGGGCCUCCCCGAAGCACCAAUGACUUUUUUUUUUUUUUUUUUUAAGUUUACAUACUCAUUUUCAAAGCGGAUGAGCUUUAGCGUUUUAACUAACAAAGAGAUUGAAAUCAGCCCCAAAACAAGCAAAUGAAAUGCUCAUGUACACUGUACAUCUGGAAGAGCAAACUUAACUUAUGAUUUCUUUUGUUCAGGACUGUGGGGUGUGUCAGUUUCCUGAGCGGACAACGAAAAAAUGUAGAAUGAAAACUAUGUGAAGCAAAAUUCAUCUUGUGUGCACUGUUCACGUAGUACUGUAGAUUACAAACCAAAAAAAGAAGAAAACAAAAGAUAGUAAUGCUUUUGCAUCCAUGUACUUUGAUUUGAUGUACUUUUGUGUACAGCAUACCUUGAUUUCUGUUCACAUACUCAAUGCUACAACUUGUCAGCAUCAAAUCCACUUGCUGUGCCUUAAUGCAUUUAUUAAUGCCUCACAAAACACACUACUGACAAGAAAGCCCAUGCCAAGAAGAAGGUAUGCCAUUAACAAUCAAACCCAGCACAUUCUCCAUAGAUCCCACCUGCCUACAGGUUACAUACUGAUGGACAGCACACGAGGAACUAGCUGUGGACAAAAUAUACUGUAUCAUGUUUUUUAAGGGAUCUGUUUUGAUGUUGGAGAAAGGGAAGGCUUAAGUGUAUAAUGCUUGGGGAACCAUAGAUGUUUUGUGUUGCUCUGCUGUCCUGACAUGUAACCAAACCAAUGUCCUUUUUGGUGAUCACUGUAAAUACAGUACAUUUACAUGAUGGGUCACUAUUGCAAUAGCAGGUUCCUUUUUCUCCCUACCGUAGUGGGCAGACAGACAAUGUGAUUUUUGUAUCAUGACUGAUUUACAGUGGUUCUGUCUGGAUGAUAGGAUAUUGCAUUGCAUAGUGUGUAGUGUUGUAGACUCAAGACUCUGUAGAGGAAAAAAAAAAAACACAACUUCCUAACGCUUUCUUGUUUCAUCACAGUAGGACAGACCGUCAUAACCUCCGCAGAGAAAUUUCAUCAGUUGUUAUAUCUGCAUGUUUAAAUGGCAUAGCCUGCCAAUGAAUGUUGCAAAUGCCUUACAGAAGGUUUUGUUUUCUCAAUUGGACUUUUCAUGUUUUGUGUUUCCAGACUGACAUGUACCACUCCACCACUGUGUCAGCUCAGUUCUUUAAAUCCCUUUGCUAAUGGGUACCUUCUAAAGUGCAAUUUUAAUAAGUACAUAUCUUUCCAUGAACACUGUACACUGCUGCUACAUAGUGCUUGUUCUAAUAAAACUGUAAAACUCA